UGGGGUCGCUGCUGUUACAAAUCUCACAAUUUAGUCAAUUAGUCCUGUGUUUUCUUUGACGUCUUCUGUUUAAUUAAUUAAUUCAUUCAUAUUUUGAAUUGUUUAAUUAACCUCAACAGCCUCAAUAAUACGUAUUAUUGACCCCAAUAGUCCGCUUCUUUUUCUCUCUCCAUUUCUUCUCUUAUCUUCCCUUUCUCAAUCCUCUUUAAAAGGAUUUCUUUUCUUCUCUAUUUCUGUCUUUUUUUAUUUCAGUUCUAUCUCUCCCCCAACUCAAUUCCUCUCUUUCGUUGUUGCUCUUUUGUUUUUUUAUCAUCAUAUUGGAAACAACAUUCAAUAGGAAGUUAACAAUCAACUAAAACCACUAUACCAACAAUAGUAACACUCACAUCAACUCUCAACAUUUGGAAACAUCGAUUAAACCAACUAUCCAAGCUUCUGGACUGUCAAUUUAUCUCUUUGAGACAAGAGAACUAAUCCUUCCCUGUUUUUUUUGCUCGCCUCUCUUGUCUAUCUAUUCAUCUUAGCUCUCUAUUGCAACUCUUUCUAUAUUUAUAUAUUCAAGCACACACACACACAUACAUUUAUAUAUAUAUAAAUAUAUAUCUUUCGCUUCUCACAUUCGCUUUUUUAGAGGCAGCUAUUGACGUGUUGAUUUAGCUGUGUAAUUACUAUUUAGUAAACAACGUUACCUAUUUCUUAACUGUCUCAGUAUUACCAUGGCUGGUGGAAACAGUGGUGGUGUUGCUAGUGGUGGAGGGCCCUACAAUUAUUCCUACAUAUUCAAAUACAUCAUAAUUGGUGACAUGGGUGUUGGUAAAUCGUGUCUUCUUCAUCAAUUCACUGAGAAAAAAUUUAUGGCUGAUUGUCCACACACAAUUGGGGUUGAAUUUGGAACCCGAAUAAUUGAGGUUUGCGGUCAAAAGAUUAAACUUCAAAUUUGGGAUACAGCUGGACAAGAAAGAUUCCGAGCUGUAACACGAAGUUAUUAUAGAGGGGCGGCUGGUGCAUUGAUGGUCUAUGAUAUAACUCGAAGAUCAACGUAUAAUCAUCUUUCAAGUUGGUUAACGGAUGCUCGUAAUCUGACAAAUCCAAAUACUGUUAUUUACUUAAUUGGUAAUAAAAGCGACAUGGAAACCCAAAGAGACGUCACUUACGAUGAAGCUAAAGCUUUCGCCGAAGAGAACGGUUUGAUGUUCAUAGAAGCCUCAGCCAAAACGGGUGAAAAUGUUGAAGAAGCUUUCUUAGAAACAGCAACAAAAAUCUAUCAGAAUAUUCAAGAUGGUAGUUUAGACCUGAAUGCUGCUGAAUCUGGUGUUCAACAUAAACCUAACUCUGGUGCUCCCGGUGGUCAGCAACAUGGACUUGGUGGUGAUAAUGUUGGUAAUAAAAAUGAAUGUGCUUGUUAGCUUAGAUGUAAAGCUGGUUAAUUUAAAAGCAAUCAAAACUCGCGCGAACAGAGAGGAAGGAGGAGAAGGAGAAAAAAGAGAGUCAAAUCACAUCAACAUUCAAGCAUAUACACAAAUAAACACGUAUUAAAUGCUCUCUUAUUAACUCAUAACAAUGACCCGGUUGAAUAUUAUAUCUCUUAACUUUGUCUGGCUGUUGAAUGGAGUUGUUUCUUUCUAAAAAAAUAAAGCAAAAACAUAUA